CGAAUUCUAAAUACAAUACAUUCGUUCGUGCUUGUGUCUUACUUCUUAAUUCAAUUGCAUUAUUUCUGGGAUUCCUAGUUCAUACUACAAUUCAAAUAAUUGAAAUACUAUAAUGGCGUCGCGAUGGAGCCUGCGAUGGAAAAGUUAGAUAUUCUUUCAACUGCUGGGGCUUUUGAGGAUUACUUUGAAAGGUUCGAAAUCUGGGUUAUGACUAAGGAUGAUGAGGAUGUUAAUAUUGUGGCACAUUUCUUCACAUUCAUUGGAAAAGAAGCAUACAGCUUAUUAAGAACUCUGGCUAUGCCGGAAAAGCUUAUCUCGCUUUCUUAUACAACUCUCAAGGAACUGCUGCUAGACUAUGUUAAUUAUACAUAUUUCGAAUGCAGUAAAGGAGGGAGAUCUCGUAAACUGAUUCAUGAGGAUAUAAAAAUUCCACUACACUACUACGUCAUCCCAACCCAUACUCAAGGUUAUGCAGAUAAUUCAUUGAGUUUGGAUGCAGUUCACGAGGAUGGAGAUAAGUUUGAUCAGUGUUUGUCCUGUUGCAUGUUCCACUCUUUUAAUCCAUGUAAAUUUCGUAAUUCUAAGUGUAUUAAAUGUGGUGAUAUUUGACAUAUUCAGUCAGUCUGUAAUACUAAUGUUCAUCUUAUUGCAACUACUAUUAAGACUUUUAAUUCUGAUUCUACUAAGUCGAGUAUUUAUAAUGAUGAUUCAUCUUUAUCAACGAUUUCAAAAGACAGUGUAGAGUCAUAUGGCAGUUCAGACGAAAUUUCUGACGAAAUUUACAAAUCUGAAGAAAAUAUGUUGAGUGAACAUAAUUAUGAUCAAAAACCUGAUGUAGUUUUGAUAGAUGCUAAUUUUUCUAAUGAUCCAUUACUCUUCAAUGACAUUUUUAAUGAAUUUCAUGAGAAUAUUUCAGAAGAAUCAAAUCCUGAUGUCAUAUCAUAUAUUACCUAUCCUCAUAAUGCAUUUGAUCCUUGUGAAAAACCUGUUCAAUGUGAAACAUGAGUACUAAGUGACCUCGAUUUUGAUUACAAUUCGGAUGAUUUAAUAUCAACUGAUGUUCAUCCUUACCACAAAUCCACUUCCAAUGCAUACUCUAACCAAUGUGAGAAAUAUGUUUUAAAUGAAGCCACAUUAUUCAUAACUUGGGGAUAUAAAGAUCCAACAUUAUUUCAUGGGAGAGGAUAGUGUUGAAAAAUCUAUGGUUCCAAUUCUAGAUAUUAAUGAUUUCAUUACAAAACCGACAUGCUGAUUGUAUACAAUUCCAGGUGAGUCUGUUCCGAUUUCGUUUGUUAAUUCCAAUACUAAUGAGCACAUUCUAGAUACUACAAAGUUUUUAUCUAAUACAAUGUCGGACAGACUCAGGAUGAACUCAAGAAGAAGACAUACAACCAUUACAGACACUUAUACACCUAUUUAAUCUGUGGCGGAUGCUGCGUUUGAAUUGACUAAUGAUACCUUGGUACUAGUUGAAUGCUUGAUUUCGAAUUCUAAAUACAAU